GUACACUCACUCAAUCAGAUGCAUCGUGCGCAGUACAGUAUCUUACACCAACCCAGGCGGCGGCGCUAGCCUUAAAGCCGACCAGUUAUAUGCGCUACAAUCACCCCGCCCAUGAUUGGUUGAUUGCGCUUACCUAAAGGCUUGAGCCCCAGCCCCGACCUGCGACAACCUCACUUUGGCCCUCCCAGAGUUGCGGCGCCCCGGCCUUUCUUGGGAGCUUCGUUCCAUUCGACCCUCAAUUGACGACGCCAGCCCUGCCAACAUGCUCGCCGCACGACAACGAGCAGGCCAGAUGGCCCGUCAGCUGCAGCGGACAUGCCGCGGCUACGCCUCCGACGCCCACAAGCCCGCCGCCGCCGCGGCCACCGAGUCCUUUGGGGCGGGAUCCAAGGCGACGGUUGCGCUCUUCUUCGGCAGCGUGCUCGUCUACCAGUUCGCGCCCAGGAAGGGCGAGGAGUCGGCCAUCACGAACCUCAUCCACAAGUACACCUCGCAGGCGGAGGACUGGGAGGAGAUCAACGCGCUACACACAAAGGCCAUGGAGCAGGCCGGCUUCGACCGCAACCUGUUUGAGAACGCCUCCAACAAGCACAGAUACGUCGACGUCGCCUUUCCCGAAGCUUUCCAAUCCCAUGCGCCGCGAAACAUCCAGGCCGGCCACUUGAUCAACCUGGACCACGUCGUGGAGCACUACAAGCAGCAGCACGUCAAGGAUGAGGAGCGCAAGGCCAAGAAGCUGGCGGAGCGGGAGGCUUGAGAGGCUGGCGGUAUUGAGGAUGAAGCAGCAGUAGGGCCUGGGAGACGGAGGAAUGUACAUCAGAUCAGGGCGUGGCAUAGAACCUGACGAGCGUCACAUCCAAUGCGGAGACGUGAUUUCUUCUUUGUUCAACACUCUGUGCAACUUGGCCUCCUCCCCAUUAUCCGUGAUGUAAUGGUAGUGGUUGGUGUCGGGCUAUUUGCGCUGGCACUGAGAGCGUUGGUCUUCCAGACAAUGAGCCCCUUGAGGUAGAGAGAGUCAUCCGGCUCCCGAUAUAGCUUUAACGUGUCAACAGCCCCAA